CGUGCACCUGCCUGUGAUAUAGCAUUAUAACCAAUGGUCAAGUACAUGUAUUUAUAUUAUAUCUAUCUAUCCAUGCUUUCAAACGGACAGAAUGUGGAAUAGACCUUUUAUUGUUUUAGCUGUGUUGUUUUUAAAAUGUCUGGCCGUCCAAAGCUUCCGAGGUAAAAGGGAAAGUAGACAAGAUGCUAAUCUUUUACAAGUACUCUCUGACAAUGGACUCUACAAUCCUUUAGAUCCCACUGGUUUUAUAUUCGAAGGCAAUAACAAACAAUAUACUGGGAACGGUAUAGACACUCCGAGAUUUGAUCCGAAUAAUUAUGCGUAUAAAUAUGCAGGAGUAGCUUUCGGAUCAGCAGUUAAUCCAUUCGUUCCAAGUUUUAUGAAUGCAGAAUCUAUUAAUAAUUCACCUAACUAUAAACAGUCACGUGAACCUACGUCAUCACUCGCAGGCGUUCAAAACAGAACUGAUGAAAUAAAAACAAGCAAUAUAACAAAUGAAACGAAGAACGCGUUUUUGGAACUGCAAGUUGCAAGCGGAUCAUUGCCUUCUAGCAAAGUCCCAGAGUUUCUGUCUCAAACCUUCCCUGAUAACAUUAUGUCAACAUUAACAAUCAAUGCCUCAAGCAUGUUUCCAAGUCUGAAGUUCAGCGGACAGCCAGGUAUGCUCGGCAUCGGGUCACAGGUUCCACUACAAACAGUUGUGCCACAGAAUAGUCCAACUCUAGAUCAUCAGUAUUUACCGGAGUCUUUAAGAAACGUGUCAGAAAGUUUGAUACCGUCUCUUACAUACAACCAGAUAUCAGAAAUUGGAGAAACUAAAUCCCAGACAAGUUAUAAGAUAAAUCACAAUUCUUCAAGCGUAUCAAAACCUCUAUAUACCGGCUAUCCGGGCAUGCUUGGAAUAGGACAGAUGUUUCAAGAUAUUGAUAGCAGUGGAAGUGAGCCUAAAGUGGAGAAAGAUGAAAAUCAUCUCAAAGGUUAUUCUAACGUUGAAACAACCAAUUACAUAUCAGCUAAAGCAGGUGUUAAUACAAAUAAUUGGAAGGGCGAAUGGCCAGGUAAAACUUCUGUUGGUGGAGAUUGGUCCGGCGAUUGGUCAGAAAAAUGGCCAAAAAGUGGUAUCAGUAACACGGAUAACAAAGAAGGUCUAGCUAUUUCAAACACCACAGGUUCUACAAAUCAACAAAGCCAACAUAUCAACUGGGAUGGCAGCUGGCCAGGGUCCGCUCGAAAAGAGACCUCGACAACUAAACCAAAUGAAAUUGGAAAUCUUAGUGAAACCAUGGCAGCGCUUAAAAAGCUCAUGAGCAUUCUGGACAAAUUCCCGUCUUCGUUUGACAACAGGACCAAUGGACCCAACAAAAUCAUAAAAUUUGACAGAGACACCAAGGCAUAUUAUGAUGUUUUUUCAAUGCAGCCAAAAUAUCAUGCAUCACGUGACAAUACAGGAAAAACAAUGGCUGUGUGCUCAUGUGACAUAGACGGUGACGGAGAAGAAGAACUUUACAUACAUAAUCACAAUGACGUCUAUCCUGUAUCAGAUGAUGUCACUAUUGUCCCUGAUAAACUUUUCAAGAUGAUAAAUGGCCAACAUGUGGAUUUAUUUGCUCUGUCUGAAACUCAAAGAAAAAUGGCACCAAGACAUGGCGGUUACUCUGUAGCGUGCAUUGAUCGUAACGGAAAUGGUCAAUAUGACGUCAUUGUUACGACGUAUACAAAAGAAGGCCGAGGAACGUACAAAAUAUUCUCAGCACGACCUAACAGUAGUGAAAAUCGAAGUUUAAACAUAACGCUAACAGAAAUAUCAAAGAAUAUUGGCUUAGAUAUAGAAAGGGAUGGACGUGGAAUACUUGUUGGUCCAUUGUUCCCAAACAAGCACAGCAGUGACAUUUUUAUCACCAACGAAAACAGUUAUACUAUUGGUAGCCGCGUGAACAGACAUGAUGGCAGUAACGUUUUACUAAAGAAUAAGGGUGAUGGUACAUUCGAGGAUGUUGCUGAGAAACUAGAUGUUGAAGACCAGGAUAAUAAUGGCCGUGGUGCAGGAAUUGUAGAUUUAAAUAAUAAUGGUGAAUUUGCUCUAGUGUAUACUAACUGGCUUGGUCCAACAAGAGUGUUUCAAAUUGAUGACGAUAACGAUAUGAAACAGCUUCGUGAAAUUAAAGAGUCAGCGUUCACAUAUCCAGCAGCAUCAGAUAUUAUAUUGAUGGGUGACUUUGACAAUGAUGGUGAAGAUGACAUAUUGAAAACCGGUGCUAAUGGGGACAUUUACUUUCCGGAAUAUAAUGAAAUUUUCACAACAAUACAUACCGUGAACUCGUCACGGAUAACCGUCUCGAAAUCUAGUCUUGGUGAUGAUGAAAAAUUGAAACGGCUCCGCAUACGUGGGAUUGCUACAGCAGAUCUCGAUAUGGAUGGAGUUUUAGAAUUAUUUAUUAGCCAUGAUAUGUACAAUAAUAAGACAUUUUCAAUUUAUCAAAAUAUUGUAAAUAAUUCCAACUGGAUACGAUUCCUGCCUCUAUCUAAACACGGAGCACCUGCACGAGGCAGCACCGUGACGUUAACAUUGUCAAAUUUCUUACAAAGACGCGUUGUGAUUGGUGGAGACUGUUCUUACAUGUGCCAAUCAGAACCAAUCGCUCAUUUUGGAGUGGGUAACAAAAUAGUGAAAGACGUUGAAAUUGUGUGGCCGGAUGGUCACAAAUUUCGACACUUUUUGUAUAAACAUGACAAUAAGAAAACACUUAGUAUAACUUAUUCUGGAAAGGUAACGUACACUAACUUAGAUACUGAAUCCGAAUAUUAUGUAUCCGCAGCUUCUUUUGAAAAGUGGUGCUGUUUGAAUAUGAUAUUUAGCUUUAUUUUUACAUUAUAUUAUUUGAAUAAUAUAAAUUUACUAGAAUAA